AUGCUGAUCCAAGAAUCCUACCACGAUGUUCCCACCACGGCGGAUGGGCAGGGAACUAUGCGCAUUUAUGUCUUCCACCCCACAAUCCCAGGCUACCCGAACGCCCGCUUCCCAGGCGUGGUCGUCUUCAGCGAGAUCUACCAAGUGACCGGCCCUGUCGCACGCUUCGCCCGCCAGAUCGCCGGCCAAGGCUACAUCUGCGCGGCACCCUCCAGCUACCACGAAUUCACAGGCCCCGAGGCCCUCAAGUAUGACGCCGAAGACACUGACAAGGGUAAUGCCUGGAAGAUCGGCAAGAAAUUGGCUGCGUACGAUGAAGAUGCUAGUCUGAGUGUCGAUUACCUCUUGUCACUACCGACGUGCAAUGGCCGUGUCGGUGCCACCGGUAUGUGUCUCGGUGGCCAUCUGGCCUAUCGGUGUGCCCUGGAUGCUCGGGUCAAGGCUAGUGUGUGUUACUUUGCCACGGAUAUCCACAGCAAGACCCUUGCCUGGGGUAAGAAUGACGAUAGCUUGGAGCGGGCAGGUGAUAUUAAAGGGGAGAUGCUCAUGAUCUUCGGUAAAAAUGACAACCACGUUCCGCCCGAGGGACGAGACCUUAUUCGCAAGACCCUGCAUGAGAAGGGUGUUUUGUUUGGAUUCUACGAGGCCGCGUGGGCACAGCACGCCUUUAUCCGAGAUGAGCUCAGCAAGGGUCGCUAUGACCCGGCGAUCACCAAGGUUUGCUUUGAGAUGUUGCUGGAACUGUUUGGUCGCACGCUCAAGUUGGACUUGGGUGAGCAUGACGGUCAAAAGCAGGUGAUUGAGGAUGUCUGUUAA